ACGUCACCUUAUAAAGCUAUAAGUAUAUGUGGCGGGAUUAUUCUCCCCAUUUUAGUCGAGGAAUUCGCGUUGGCUGUGUUGAGGGUGUGUUGCACGAGUUUAACCUGUAGAGUGGAAUUUUUCAAGAACUAUUCGUAGUGACAUGGCAACUGAAGCGCAGAGAUUAAUAGGAAUUUCGCUAUCGAAAAUUGCGCAAUCACGUGCGAAUCGCGGUGGUGUGAGUUUGCAUAAAAAUUUGUUGGUGGCGACCGUUCUGCAAAAGGCGCGCUAUGUCUUCAUGGAGGAGGCGUACAAUAUGGUACAUUACCAGGUGCAGGCGCCCGCGCCGCCCAUCCAGCAGCGUCGCGCGAUUCCUGAAGACAACCUCGUCGGUUUGACCGCCGAAGAGGCGGGAAUUGAACCACUUCGCAUCGCCGAGGACGUUCAAGAAGCGUCAACAAGUGAAAGUUCCCUACCGGAGUUUCUACAACCUUGCGUAAGAUGCACCGAGAGUCAAGAUAAAGAAAACCAACCGCCAACUUAUCACAGUUCCACGGAGUUGACGUAUCUUGACCUGGAUAAAAGUUCGAACGUGUUAAGGGAGCGCAGCAAUAGCGGCCUGAAGAGGAGACGCGCCGUAGCUGAAUGGGAAACUGAAGAAGCCGUACAAUCAAUUUUACCCAAACGUAGUAAAAGUGACGAUGAAGACGACAGCGUGUUCCUUGACGACGCCACCAUCCUCUCCGAUGUCGUUUCGAAGGAGGUUGAAGCGGAAAGGGCGCAGACGACACCCCCAGGAUCCGCGAUGGAAAUCGACAGAAUUACGUCCCUAGUAUCAAUAUUCAGUUUCGGAAUGAGUGAAGGUGGUGGUAGUAAAUUAAACAGAUCCGUUUCAACGCCAGAUUUAUGUUCGGCCCAAGCAAAAGACUCAGAUGACUCCCUACAACAGAGACCUUACCUCGCUAUGACCGUAUAACCGCCAUAAAUUAGUUCAAACUUGGACCAUAAACGUGAUGUGAUCUCGUCAACAACGAAGUUGAAUCGCCCUUGCUGAACACGAGUUGUUACUUAAUCUACAAUUGUUAAACAUUGUGAUAUUGCGGCUCCAUCUAAUUUUUAAUUUUUUUGUUUUUAUAUAAAGCUCAUGUGAUAGACAAAAAACGUAUAUUUAUGUGAGCGCAAACGUUU